AUGGCUGAAGCGGAUGUUGUCGUCAAAGCGCUCUUGUACACCCACCUGCUCAUAUUCCUAGCGAUCGUCCAGCGGCCAUCUCCCUACCGUAAACUCUGUUUUUUGCCGGUCUUCUUCCUCAGUCUCUAUUUAUUUUUCUUCCAACCAAUCACAAGCGGUUUCUCAACAACGGGAAAUAGCUUUGGUUGUGCCCUCGCUACUUCCAUCCUAACUGCCUCCGAUUAUAUCCUCCUCACCGAUGUUCAGAAUGAACUCCGACUUCAGAACGACAAACAGCACAUCCCCUCCGCGCCACUUCGAACGCGCAUGGCGUGGGCGCUCAGGCUUCUGACGUCCCAGCGCGCGAUCGGCUGGACACACGAACCGACGGGGCGCAUUCGUCCAAAGCCUACAGCUUCCCGAUGGGCGUUCGUAAUUUCCAGAAUGUUUUGGGUGGCGUACUACGUCGUGCUCUUCGACCUCCUGCAAAUUAUGAUGCAAUGGAAUUUCGCGGUCAUCAAAGGGGAGGUGAACUACGGGGGGAAGUUUGGGUGGUUGCUUACCCGGAUCUCGUUCCUGCCGUGUCUUAUUGAGAUACACCUAGGUGUGAGCAUGACGUAUAGCAGCAUGGCGGCGGCGUCGGUUACGCUGGGACUGGCGGAGCCUAGGCAAUGGCCUCCAAUAUUUGGUCAUUGGAGUGAGGCUUUUACGGUUGGGCGAUACUGGGGACGGACAUGGCAUCAAGUCUUGCGGAGGCUUCUAACCGCUCACGGCAAAUUUGUCGCCAAUGAAGUUCUUCAUCUGCAAAGUGGUACAUCUUUGGCAUGGCACGUCCAACUAUAUGUUGCAUUCGCCCUCUCCGGUCUGUUACACCUGGCAGGCGAAUAUAGGGCUUUGAACAACUGGAAGACUGGUGGUGCUAUGCGCUUUUUUGUUCUCCAAGCUCUAGCAAUCACAUUUGAAGAGAUGGUCAUUAAGUUGGCUUCAAGAACUGGCUUCAAUAAAACAACGAGAGCUUCGAAAUUGAUUGGGUAUGUUUGGGUUCUGGGUUGGAUGAUCUGGACGGUUCCGUCUUGGACUGGGCCCUUGGCCAAGGCGAGGAUCGGUGGGCCAGAAGAGAAACACAGUAUGAUUUUGGCAAUCUAUCAGCAAGCUCGCAAAAACGGAACUUUUGCGAACCUUUUUAUAUCACAAUAUAAUAGAGAAUCUACACCCAUCUCUUAA